CCGCACAUGUCAUGUCUACCAUCUACACAUGUGGUAAAAAAAGUUAGGUUAUGAUCGAUGUUAUUUGUGUUGUUUUGUUGUGUUCAUGUUGUUUUUAAUUAAUUUUUUACACUAGUUUUAACAGAAAUUAAUAAAUAUACCGCAUAAUGCCUCAAUGUAUGGUACAUAAUGUCGGAUUUUACGCUCCUGAAGCUAGAGCCAUUUACUCUAUGGCUCUGAAUGAAGCCGAAAAUAAACUUGCAGUUGCCAGGUCAGAUGCCAGCAUAGAAAUAUGGAAUCUAUCCAAUCUACCAUUCAUUGAUCGCACCAUCGCCUCCAAUUUAGAAAAUUUCAGCGUUGAAGGCUUAUCAUGGUGUGACAACCGUCUUUUCAGUGUAGGCCUACACGGUUGGCUAGUGGAAUACGAUUUAUUCAGAUUAAAUGUUAAAAAUAAAUGGGCUGUCACUGGUGAAGCUGCUACGUGCCUAGAUGCUAUUAAACCCCAUUUAGCUGUUGGUACUGAGCAGGGUUACAUAAAUAUUUUUUCACUGAAUGAAGAUGAGGUUAGGUUUGAGAAAUUUCUUGACAAACAAGAGGGAAGAAUUAUUUGCUUGAAAUAUAGCAGUCAAGGGGAUUUUGUUGCGGCAGGAAGCAUCAAUGCUAUUAGAAUUUGGAAUGUUAAAACAGGACAUGCUAUACAUAAAAUGGUCUUGGGACAGUCUGAAACUAAAAAAAAUACUAUAGUGUGGUGUCUAGAAGUUUUAGACGAUUUUUCUAUAUUCAGUGGAGAUUCCAGAGGCAUUUUGACUUUGUGGGAUGGAAAACUUGGUGCUCAAAUAGAGAGUUAUCAAUCCCACAAGGCUGACAUAAUAGCUAUUUGCCUUGAUGAAAAAAAAGAGUCCAUUUAUUGUGCCGGUGUGGAUCCUACAAUAGCAAAUUUUGAAAAAGUCAAAGUUGGUUCUAAUGAUAAAUGGGUUAAAUCUAUCCAAAGAAAAAUUCACGAUCACGAUGUUAGAGCUAUGGUAUUCAACAAAGGCAAACUAUAUUCUGCAGGAAUUGAUAGUUAUCUGGUGUGCAGCUAUCAUCCUCCAAAAACUCUUAUUAAAUAUGCCCCAAUAUUACAAAGCCCUUGUGUAGAAGUAGGCAAAGGACUUAUUUUACUUAGGUAUGCUAAACGCAUCGAACUCUGGUCAUUGGGCUCUGGGCAAAAAGUGUCUGACGGUUACAAGGGAGCUGUCGAGCUUAAAUCUAAACCAAAAAAGUUAGUCACCAUUCAAAAACUUGGUAAAAACUGGUCAGAAGAAGAUGAACCAGAAGCGAUUGUUUGUUCCAGUGUUUCAUUGAAUGGCGAAUUGAUUUUUUUGGCUACUUCUACUGGGUUUAGGUUGUACCAGUUCAAAAUGGUAGAAGAUAAACCUGAACUUACAAAAUUGGACGAUCUUGAUGACGAUAAUAUUCCAUGCGUGCAAGGGACUUUUAAUAAUCAAUAUAAACAACUCAUUGUUGCUUUGGAUAAUGGAAGUAUUACAAUUUAUGAUUGGGAAGAUGGCAAUCCUUUCAUAAGUCAGAGAAUAGACAAAAAUAAAGAGUAUCUUUCUGAUACAGUCAGUUUACUAACUGUAUCCACUUGUGGAAAAUACUUUGCUGUAGCUGAUUGCAAAAGCAACAUUGUAAUUUUUGCUCAUCACCAAGAUGGUUAUAGCUUCAAAGCAAAACUUCCUAAAUAUAAUGUGCCCCCAACAGCUCUGGGAAUUAAUUCUGGAAAUGUAGUUGUGGUAUACGCUAAUAAUAGGGUUGUUGAAUAUGAUCUUGCCCACAAAAAAUUUACUGAUUUGUCAAGAAAACUAGAGAACUCUAAUGGUUGGAAAUCUAAAACACAUCCUGUUAGAACUAUCAGUUUUGAUUCUAGGGAUAAAAAUGUUAUAUUUCUUCAUGAUGACAGUAAUGUAGUGAUUAUUAAUAAGGAUGGACUGAAAUCAUCAAAAACUAAUUCAAAAUCUAUUAAAAUGGCUAAAACAGAUAAACAAAGUCCAAUGGUCAAUGGGCAUGCUUCGGAACAACUAAAAAUUAAGACCAUACAAAAAUACAAGCAUCUAGUACAUUUUUUAGCUAUACAAGAAGGUGAAUUUGUUGCUGUUGAAGCCAAUCCAUUAUCCAUCUUGGAACAACUACCACCAGCAUUUGCUCAAAAAACGUUCGGAUCUAAAUUACUCAAAAAGGAUCUCACCAGCAGAAUAUGUCGUAGUUUAAGCAUCAAAACAUUUGCAGUAGAUGAGGUGCAGAGUAUUAUAGGAGCAGAGGAUGAAAAAAUCUCUUUGGAUAGAAAAGGUUUCAGCAAAUAUUUCAAGAGUUAUCAUAAAUUAGACUAG